UUCAUUAUUCAGAAUUUCCAACAAUGGAGGAUAUCUCUGUGAGCAAAAGCAACCAUGGUGGAAGUGUUGUUGUUCUGAACAUCGAAGCUUCUUCUACUGUUAAAGAAACUUCUCAUCCUUCUGUUCCCUUCGAGAAAGAUGAAUCUGAACCAUUGUUCUCUGUCCAGUUCCUGCAAAAGCUUGUGGCAGAGCUCCUGGGGACUUACUACUUGAUAUUCGCCGGUUGUGCCGCCAUUGCAGUAAAUGCGCAACGCCACGAUGUGGUGACUCUUGUGGGCAUAGCCAUAGUUUGGGGUCUAGUGAUUAUGGUUCUUGUCUGUUCCCUCGGCCAUGUCUCUGCCCACUUCAAUCCAGCCGUCACAAUAGCCUUCGCUUCUGUCAGAAGGUUCCCUCUCAAACAAAUCCUUCCUUACAUCGCUGUUCAAGUCAUAGGAUCAACCUUGGCCUCUGCAACUCUCCGUCUUCUGUUCGAUUUGAACAACGACGUAUGCAGCAAGAAACACGACGUCUUUCUCGGGUCAUCUCCGUCUGGGUCUGAUCUUCAGGCGUUCGUGAUGGAGUUUAUCAUCACCGGCUUCCUCAUGUUCGUCGUGUCUGCCAUUGCAACUGACAGCAGAACAUCUGAAGAACUAGCCGGACUGAUCUUUGGUGCUACAGUCACACUGAAUGUAAUCUUUGCCGGCGAAAUUUCAGGCGCAUCGAUGAAUCCUGCGAGAAGCUUAGGCCCUGCACUCGUGUGGGGAUGUUACAAAGGGAUUUGGAUAUAUUUGCUUGCUCCUACUCUUGGCGCUGUCUCUGGAGCCUGGAUUUAUAACCUCUUAAGAUGUACAGAGAAAACAGAACUUGAGACCUCCAAAACUGGAUCUUCUCAUAAACGAGUACACGAUGUUCCUGUGUAGAAUCCUUCUCUUGUUUGAUUACUUU